AUGAAUCGCUCGGGCCCGCUCCGUGUCGUUGUCCCGACGACAAUUCUGAAUUCGGGGUCGCCGUACAUGUUCCGUUCUGGCCUAUCGCCACAUUCGGGGCUGGAGGUGGAGCAGUGUGAAAUGUUUUCUCUAGGUAUCCUGGGCCAAGUGCAAAACGACGAAUACGAUCUGGUGUGCGCCCGGGCGGUGAUGAGCCCAAGGCGCCGCGAUGAUUUCAAAUUCUCUUUCCCGAGCCAAUACGAAGUUACGCAGGUAUUUAUGAUUCGCGACGAUUCCCUGCCCGUCUUUCUUGACAGUUUUUUAUUCCGCCCAUUUUCCACGAACGUCUGGGUGGCGCUACUGAUUAUGCUAUUUAUCCUGGUGCUCUUGUAUACGCUGUUCAGAUUUUUCGAGUUUCGCGGGGCCGAAACGCGAGCAAAGCAUCUAACCAAUGGGUUUUACAUGCUUUUGGAGACGUUUACCGGAGAUUCGAUUCGGCGC